AUGACGACGAUUCUGGAAUCUGGAGAGCCACUCUGGAAGAGGAGAUGGUGGUGGUGGACGAUUGAAAGUGUUGAUAAUCGACACUUUACGGCUCUUGCCUCAUGCCUCCCAUUUUGGGAUCGCCCAAGCCAUCCACGCCGCUCAAAGACUAAACCCCAUCCGCACUUAUCUGGUCGGCUUCACCGUCGUUCGACCGACUUCGAAGCCUCUUCUUCUUCUUCCCCCUCAUCACAGCCCAACAUCUAUCCCCCACAGGCUCGAGAUCUAGUAGUAACAGAACAAGACUCAGGAAAGUCGAGACAAGUCUUGUUGGAAAAGGGAGUCGUCGAAGAGUAUGAUCGGUUCACUGGCCAAGCCCUCCGACUCAUCGAAGCUGAUAAUCCUCCUCUUUCAAACGCUCUUGCCCAUGAAAUGCCCUGGGUUAGGCCUGCUUUUGAUGGCUUUCUCCAAUUUGCGUGA